GCAAACUGCGUACUUUACGUGGAUCGCGUGGCGUAACAGGCUCAAACGUUCAGAACGUCAACGCCGACGUAUUUUACGUAAACGUAACUAGCGUAGCUGAAUAGCAUUUACGCUGGAAACAACAUGGGGAAAUUCGGUUUGCAGUUUAAAGCGACGUUGGAGAACGUUACAAAUGUCCGAGCUGACGGCGACGACUUCCGCUGGUAUUUAAAGCUGAAAUGUGGGAAUUGUGGUGAAAUCUCGGACAAAUGGCAGUAUAUCACAGCGAUGGACAGCAUGCCGCUGAAGGGAGGACGAGGCAGUGCAAGUAUGGUUCAGAGGUGUAAACUGUGUUCCCGGGAGAAUUCAAUAGAUAUCCUGAAGGACACCAUCACGCCAUACAAUCUGGAGGACAGCGAGAAGUUCAAGACGAUAGUGCAGUUCGAGUGUCGAGGCCUCGAGCCGGUUGACUUCCAACCUCAGGCUGGAUUUUCGGCUCAGGGCGCAGAGACGACUUCUCAAUUUCCUGAAAUCAACCUUCAGGAGAAAGACUGGACGGACUACGACGAGAAAGCGAAGGAGUCGGUGGGCAUCUAUGAAGUCACACAUCAGUUUGUGAAGUGUUGAGAGAGCUGGAGACGGAGCACGAACACCGUGGCUUGAGACUUAAUGAGGAAAAAGAGACCACAUACAGCGAACAUUUGUCAAAUUCAACAAAAACGCUGUUAUUAUUGAUGUUGAAUUGUAAACGGACACGACUGGGAAGAACGUUCACUACAUGACCGUUGACCAGGGUCUUGGUAAUGCAGAUCUGCAGCAAAAUAAAGUUAUGAAAGUAUGAA